AUGGACAUUGGGAGCGUCAUUGCGACUGUCAUCAUGCUGGAUGGCCAAAUGAGACGAAGGUCCUGCGGACGAGUCAUUGCCAAUGCCUGGGUUCGUGUCGGGCAAUCCAUUCUGAGCAGAUACUCCGUUGUCUUCGGCCCCAAAAGUAGGAGAACGCGACUGGAAUUGUUCUUCAUCCCCCUACAUCAAGGUCUGGAGCCAAGAGCGUUUGACAGGCUUCCUAGCGAAGGGUUCUUCGAGCGUCAAGCUAUGCCACUUUCGCUUGGAUGGAUCUGCUUAAGGAGAUGGCGGUGGCUGAGUGGUGCUCGGUGGGACGAAAACCUAACGUCUGUAGGAGAACCCAGCGAAGGUGCUGUCUCUCUACCUCUGCGCUGGAGUAAUUUCCACGAGCAAAUCAUCCGUCCGAGUGGAUACAUCUCUGUUCUCUUCUCAACCCUGCUAACUGUAGGGUCAGAGGAACCAGGCGCCACGAUCGACGGAGGUGUGGUUGUUUCUCCUGCUGGGCUGACCCAUGAAGUCGUCGCGGAACGCUGGUAG